UUUCAGUCAGUGUUUUGCCUCCCAAGUAAUGUGCGAUUUCAAACGUGUGCCGCGGCUGUCCUGAAGAGAGCGGUGACAGCGGAGUUCUGCACGUGAAUAUGGCCCUUUUUGACAGGAUUCGGAAGGAAUGGUUCAUAAUCGGAAUUGUGCUUGUUAUCACCUUUGCCAAACUGGAACCUUCAGUUGGAGUGAAAGGAGGUCCCCUGAAGCCAGAAGUCACCAUCACAUAUAUUGCUGUAUCUGUUAUAUUCUUUAAUAGUGGAUUAUCGUUAAAAACAGAGGAGCUGACGAGCGCUCUGAUGCACGUGAGGCUCCACCUCUUCGUGCAGACAUUCACGCUUGCCUUCUUCCCGGUGGCGGUCUGGCUCAUCCUGAAGCUCCUGGCCUUGACCUCCAUUAACCAGUGGUUACUGAAAGGGUUGCAGACGGUCGGCUGCAUGCCCCCACCUGUGUCAUCAGCCGUCAUUUUGACCAAAGCGGUUGGAGGAAAUGAGGCUGCUGCCAUAUUUAAUUCUGCCUUUGGAAGCUUUCUGGACGGAAAGAACUACCUGUUCUUUACAGAGGACGGAGAGAACUACCUGUUCUUCACACAGGACAGAGAGAACUACCUGUUCUUCACACAGGACGGAGAGAACUACCUGUUCUUUACACAGGACGGAGAGAACUACCUGUUCUUUACACAGGACGGAGAGAACUACCUGUUCUUCGCACAGGACGGAGAGAACUAUCUGUUCUUCGCACAGGACGGAGAGAACUACCUGUUCUUUACACAGGACAGAGAGAACUACCUGUUCUUUACACAGGACGGAGAGAACUACCUGUUCUUUACACAGGACGGAGAGAACUACCUGUGGUUUUAUCAUUGGUCAUGUUCCACAGCGGCAGCCUGUACAGGAAGGGGGAGAGGGGCGUCCCAGGGCAGACAGCCUCGGAUAGAGGGGGAGCAGGGUGAGGACCCUGCCAGGGUCACCCCUGCGGCAGAGGUGGAGGUUUUCGGGAAGGGUGCAGCCCCUAGUGGGGCUCUUUACCGGGCAGCGGGGCCGGCGCGGGCGGCCGACUUCGCGGCUCCGGGCGUGGGGGGCGGGGUGAGGAGCGCCGCGCCGCACUCCGCCAUUCGACCCCGGCGCUGUAAUCAAAGCCACCUCGAGGGGAUAAUUGUGACUCCGCUGCUGCUGCUCAUGUUUUUGGGCUCCUCGUCCUCAGUGCCCUUCCGCUCCAUCUUCUCCCAGCUCUUCAUGACGGUGGUGGUUCCUCUCAUCGUCGGCCAGGUCUGCCGCCGCUUCAUUAAGGACUGGCUGGAGAGGAGGAAGCCUCCGUUCGGGGCCGUCAGCAGCUGCGUCCUGCUCAUGAUAAUCUACACCACCUUCUGCGACACCUUCUCCAACCCCGGCAUCGACCUGGACCGCCUCAGCCUGGUCCUGGUGGUGUUCAUCAUUUUCUCCAUCCAGCUGAGCUUCAUGCUGCUAACGUUUCUCUUCACCACAAGAAAGAAGUCAGGAUUCACGCCAGCAGAUACUGUGGCGAUUAUGUUCUGUUCUACACACAAAUCCCUCACUUUAGGCAUCCCCAUGCUGAAGAUCGUGUUCGAGGGCUAUGAGCACCUGUCCCUGAUCUCUGUGCCUCUGCUCAUCUACCACCCUGCACAGAUCCUGCUGGGCAGCAUCCUCGUGCCCACCAUCAAGUCCUGGAUGGUCACCAGACACAGGGCGGUGAAGCUAACCAACCUGCAGCCCAUCUGACCAGGCCAGCAAAAAAGUUUCUCGGGAAGGAGCUGAACCGAACUGACGGACCAAAACAGAGACACGAGACCAGGCCUCAGCUGCCCCCACACCACCCAGGCGGAAGGAUCCUGCCAAUAAAAGUGCCUUACCACAACCAUCCAUGACCC